AUGGAUAGUUCAGUGUGGGAUAGUAGUGACUCUGAAAUGGAUCUGAUCAAGAAAGAGUCACAGAUCCAGGAGGAAAGGAUUCAACAAGAAAAUAUCCGGAUAAAAAGGAAAAGUGAGAUAGAAGAUGCAAGAAUAUUCACAGAGAAUGCAUUACAACCGCACAGAAACACUCUUGUUAUGUUCCUUGGCUAUAUUAAGACAGUAGCCCUUCUGGAGGAUAAAAGUGUUUGGGUGAAAAAUGAAAAAAGAGUCUGGGAGGCAAUAAUACAUGCAAUCCACAUGGAUAUGAUGCAAGGAAUAGAUGAAUCUACAGUAGGAAAGAACAUAUCCAAUAAGAUUAUGGAAAUUGUAAAGAACAAGAAAAAGUCAAUCGAUGAAAUCAAAGGGCACUUCAAAGUGGACAGUAACAAGGCACAGACAUGA